AUGCAAUCUAUUGAUUCAUUGAGAGAAUUAAAUGCCAAGCUCUUAGCUGAGAUUGCUGAGCUUAGGAAGGAGAAUACUGAGCUUAAGGAUAAGAAUGCUGAGAUCCCUGAUCUUAAAAGGAAGUUUGCUGAUAUUGAGUCCGAGAAAGUUGAGCUUAAGGCCAGGAUUGCUGAGCUUUUAAGACAGGCUGUGGAAGAGAGUAAAAGACGUGAUGUUAAGAAUGCCGAACUUAAGGCCAGAAUCGAGGAACUAGAGAAAAAUAAAACAGUUACCACUAAACUCGAGUCUGAGAAUGCUGAGUUUAGAGAUAGAAUCACAAAAGUGGAACAGAACCAGUCGCUAAUUGAUAAUUUUUCUAACAACACUUCAUCUAACUUCAAUUCGGAUGCAGAUCAGGUGCCCACGAUAACGCAUUAUGAGAAACCAUUGGUGGAUACUUCAUUACCCGAAGAUAGGGAAACGGACGCUUUCUUGGAUGAGAUGCAUAAGAAAAAGGUUAGUAAUGAGAUUAGACAGAGAAAUCGGGAAAAGAAACUUAGCCAAUCAUCCUCAACUACUUCUGAAUCGCUUCACCGUGAAGCAGAUCUCUCCAUGACUAACACUAAACAUAAUCUCCCGGAACAGGUAGUCAAAGAAUCGGCUCCAAAGGAAUCCUUCUUGGUUCAUAUGGAACCCCAGAAGAUAGAAGAAAAACAGGUUAAUUUAUCAGAGAUCAAGGAGGCGAAAAUCCCCUAUAAUCAGAAAGUAGAACAAGAUUUAAUAUAUGUUCCAGUCAACGCUGAUUUAACUCCAGAUUCUGUACUUCAUUUAGCUCAUUUAUUUGAUAAGGCUGAAAAAACAGGUCGGAAAGAAAAAUUACAAUGGUAUUACUAUAGUGAGGAAUAUGAAAAAAAGGUUGUAACCCUUAGUUCCGAAAAUAAUAUUAGCGAUCAAAUGGCAAGAACGCAAAUUUAUGAUGAAAUGGAGCUGUAUCUCCCUGGUAAAAAAAGAGAGUAUUUACGCAAAAUGACUCAAAAGGCCAAAAGCAUCCAUACAUUGUUCAAAGGAAUAGGAAUAGAUAAAAUUGGAGUAGUUACAUCUAGUGCUGAUGCAAUCUCUAGGCUAACUGAUGCACAAAUCCAGAAUAUAAUAAAUCUUUAUACUGAUAAACUAAUCAAAUCUCAAAAAUUGAUCGGCAUGAACAAUUGUUCACGUGCACGUGACCUACCAGCAGAAUCAAACAAGUCUGGAUCACCAGAUGUCGGGAUAAGUAGAGAUGCGAUCCGAAAUCCGAAAAUUCAGAUCAUCCGCCAAUCCAUCCGAUCCGAACGGAUAAUGGAUGCAUCCGGAUGGAUUAAGGAUAUCCGUUUUAAUUCGAAACAGCAUCCAAUGAUCGUAGAGAGAUGCACAAUAGCUCAUUCGAAUCGUCGUAAUGAGACGAUUUGA